AGGAGGAGUCCUCCAUUGCCUUCACCUGGAAGGGACUGACUCAGGAAGGCACCGCCACGUCCAUUUGCAGCUACCUACUGGCCCUCAAUGAGAUGAGGACAGGUCCGGCAGACAGUGAAAGGACAUCAGGGGAGAUCCCAUGUUUGUCUGAAAUAUCAGCAGAAAACCUGGUGCCUGUCUCAGCCCAAGCCCUGGGAAAACAAGAGCCAGGCUUGUGGUAGAGCGGAGGACAGUUCACUACCCAUGGAGAUGCUGAUGGGAAACUUCUGUAAGCAGGAGAACACGGCUUCCGGGUGCCUACGCCCUGUGUGUUCUGUGGACACCAUGGUCUCUUCCAUCUGCACAGCCAGGGCCAGUAGGAGGAGACGCCAUGACUCUCAUACCCAUGGCCAUGGCCUGCUUCACUGAGAUCUGACGAGGGUAAUGGGAGAUUCUAGCAUGAGAGGGACCCUUCCCUGCAGGCAGCUCAGCCGGGACCGCACAGACAGAUGUGAGAUGCAUCUCUGCUGACCUGAGCCCGCCUGCAGCAUGGACCUGCAUCUUCGCUGAAGCAUUUCCAGGGCUGAAGACACAACUGCUGAACACCGAGGGCUCAUCCAUCCGCAGAGCAGGGCAGUGGGAGGAGACGCCAUGACCCCCAUCCUCAUGGUCCUGAUCUGUGUCGGGCUGAGUCUGGGCCCCAGGACCCACAUGCAGGCAGGGACCGUCCCCAAGCCCAUCCUCUGGGCUGAGCCAGGCUCUGUGAUCACCCAGGGGAGUCCCGUGACCCUCAGUUGUCAGAGCAAUCUGGAAUCCCCGGAGUAUCAUCUAUAUAAAGAAAAAACAUCAGCAUCCUGGCUUAUGUGGAUCCUACGGGAGCAUAGGAAGAAGGCCCAGAUCCACAUCCAGUCCAUUACCCAGGAACACGCAGGGCGGUAUCAUUGUCGGUAUCUCGGACUCACUCACUGGUCAGAGCUCAGUGACCCCCUGGAGCUGGUGGUGACAGGAGCCUACAACAAACCCACCCUCUCAGCCCUGCCCAGCCCCGUGGUGACCCCAGGAGGAAGCAUGACCCUCCAGUGUGGCUCACAGCUGCCAUUUGAUGGGUUUGCUCUGUGUAAGGAAGAAGAUGAACACCCACAACGCCUGAACUCCCAGCCCUGUACCCGUGGGUCAUCCUGGGCCGUCUUCUCCGUGGGCCCCAUGAGCCCCAGUCGCAGGUGGACGUACAGGUGCUAUGGUUAUGGCUCAAGCUCUCCCUAUGUGUGGUCUUCACCCAGUGAUGUCCUGGAGCUCCUGGUCCCAGGUGUCUCUGAGAAGCCAUCACUCUCAGUGCAGCCGGGUCCUGUCGUGGCCCCUGGGGAGACCCUGACCCUCCAGUGUGGCUCUGACGUCGGCUACAACAGAUUCGCUCUGUACAAGGAGGGGGAACGUGACAUCCUCCAGCGCCCUGGCCGGCAGCUCCAGGCUGGGCUCUCCCAGGCCAACUUCACCCUGAGCCCUGUGAGCCGCUCCCACGGGGGCCAGUACAGAUGCUACGGUGCACACAACGUCUCCUCCGAGUGGUCGGCCCCCAGUGACCCCCUGGACAUCCUGAUCACAGGACAGAUCCCUCACAGACCCUCCCUCUCAGUGCAGCCGGGCCCCAGGGUGGCCUCAGGAGAGAACGUGACCCUGCUGUGUCAGUCACAGGGGUGGAUGGACACUUUCCUUCUGACCAAGGAGGGAGCAGCCCAUCACCCCCGGCGUCUGAGAUCAAAGUCCCAAGCUCAUAAGUACCAGGAUGAAUUCCACAUGAGUCCUGUGACCUCAGCCCAUGCGGGGACUUACAGGUGCUACGGCUCACGGAGGUUCAACACCUAUCUGCUGUCCCUCCCCAGUGACCCCCUGGAGCUCGUGGUCUCAGGACCCUCCAGGGGACCCAGCCCUCCACCCACCGGUUCCACCCCGACACCUGGUCUGGGAAGGAACCUAGGGGUUGUGACCGGGGUCUCAGUGGCCUUCGUCCUGCUGCUCUUCCUUCUCCUCCUCCUCUUCCUCGUCCUCCGACAUCAGCGUCAGGCGAAACACUGGACAUCUGCCCAGAGAGAGGCUGAUUUCCAACAUCCUGCAGGGGCUGCGGAGCCAGAACCCACAGGCAGAGGCCUGCAGAGGAGGUCCAGCCCAGCUGCUGACACCCAGGAAGAAACCCUCUAUGCUGCCGUGAAGGACACACAGCCUGAGGACGAGGUGGAGCUGGACACUCAGGUGAGACCCCGCCCCUGUCCCGGGCACCAAAGGCCUCCUGGUGCCAGAUCUAACCCAGCAGGACUUCUCUGUCCUCCUUCCCUGGCUCUCAGCACCGUCCAGGGUGGACUCUCUGUGUCCAGCAUGCUGCCUCCUGCCUGCUGUGACCUCUCUCUCUCCUGGUGUCCUGGGACCUCGUGGGCCUCCUCCCGGGUGCCCUUCCUGCUCCUCGUCCUCUGUUUGGCCGUCUGGUUGUUCGAGGGCUCCCCAGGCCUCAGGAGGAUGAGGAAUGAACCACCCCGGUGCCCUGGGCUCCCCUUCAUUCAUUCACCCAGCGAGUGUUCCCAGGAGCUCACUGUGGAUGGGGCUCCCCGUGGGAGCUGCAGACACAGCAGGGAGCAAAGCCGCCCCCGCCCUCCUGAGCUCACCUCAUGGUGGGAGACAAAAUGCAAAUGAACGCACAGUGUCCAGGAGUGCGACGUGCUGUGAGGACAAUAAACCAGGGAAAGGGCAGAGAGUGCGGGUGAGUGGGGCCAGUCUGAAUGGUGAGGGGAGGGCUGUCUGGUCAGCUGUCAUCUGAGAAGCCCGGACGGAGAGGGCCACACCAUCCUCUAAUGGACGAGCCCCUGCAGGCAGAGGAAACAGCAGUGCCCAGGCCCCGAGGCAGCAGUGAGCUCUUGUGGGAAGGCGGGUGUGAGGCUGCAGCCAAAUGGGCAAGGUCAGAGUGAGGAGCAGAGGCCAGAACCGCAGGGAGGGAGCAGCCGGACCCUCCACAGCCUUAGCGCGUCCCUGAGAUUCCAUCAGGAAACGGAUGUAAAUGGAUCACUCUGGGAACACUGGGAAAACUGACUCCAGAGAAUCAGGGGGACUCAAGGAUACCCUCCAAUCUGUCUCUCUUGAGCAGAGCCCAUAUGAUGAAGACCCCCAGGCAGAGACCUAUGCUGAGGUGAAACAUUCCAGACCUAAGAGAGAAGUGGCCUCCCCUGCUUCCCCACUGUCCAGGAAAUUCUUGGACACAAAGCACAAACUUGCAGAAGAAGACAGGCAGAUAGACAGUCAGGUAGAUACUUUCCUCUCCAGGCCCCCAGGCCUCACCCACCUUCCACUACGUUCCUUCCCUCU